AUGACGAAGCGCACGAAGAAGGUCGGAAUCACCGGUAAAUACGGCACACGCUACGGUGCUUCGCUCCGAAAGCAGGUCAAGAAGAUCGAAAUMUCCCAGCACGCCCGGUACACAUGCACCUUCUGCGGAAAGGUCUCUGUCAAGCGUAACGCUACUGGAAUCUGGGACUGCAAGUCGUGCGGCAAGACCAUUGCUGGAGGCGCAUACGUCGUAUCAACACCCGCUGCGGCUGCCACUCGAUCGACCAUCCGUCGUCUACGCGAGAUUGCUGAAGUUUAA